GAGUGAGCCGGGGCUUGAGGGCGGAGCCACGACAGCGGCGUUGGGAUCAGAAUUAGGGUCGCCGUGGCUACGGAGCCGGGAGGGGGCGCUCUAGUCCCUCCGGCGUUUCCUCCAGUCCACGCCAUGUGGCGGCGCCUGGGAACCCUAGUAUCCGGGUCGGGCCAGAAUACCGGCUUGUACGCCAGGCUGCCGAAGCGCCGCCGUUCGUGCCCGCCUGUGUCUGGCGGCCGAGCCACUAUCUUUGCCCUGUCUUCUGGCCAGGGCAAGUGUGGGGUGGCAGUCAUUCGCACCAGUGGUCCGGCCAGCGGCCCUGCUGUCCUGGGACUCGCAGCCUUGCGGGCCCUUCCCCAGCCCCGGCUGGCAAAGCUUCGCCUCCUGAAGCACCCCGUCUCGUCCGAACCCUUAGACAGGGGCCUGGUCCUCUGGUUCCCAGGGCCCCACAGCUUCACUGGAGAGGACUGCGCCGAGUUCCACGUCCACGGUGGGCCCGCUGUCGUGAGUGCCGUGCUGGGAGCGCUGGGCGGCGUCCCGGGCUGUCGGCCGGCAGAGGCCGGAGAGUUCACCAAGAGGGCCUUCCAGAAUGGGAAGCUGAGCCUGACCGAGGUGGAGGGGCUGGGAGACCUGAUCCACGCCGAGACGGAGGCCCAGCGGCGCCAGGCCCUGAGGCAGCUCCAGGGCGAGCUGGGCCAGCUCUGCCGAGCCUGGGGAGAGACCCUGACCACGGCCCUGGCCCACCUGGAGGCCUACAUUGAUUUCAGCGAGGAUGACAACAUUGAAGAAGGCGUGCUGGAGUGGGUGGACGGCACCGUGCAGGGGCUCCGGGAAGCCCUCGAGGCCCACCUGCAGGACGCCCGUCGGGGUCAGCGGCUGCGCUCGGGGGCCCACGUGGUCAUCGCGGGCCCCGCCAACGCCGGCAAGAGCAGCCUCAUCAACCUGCUGAGCCGCAGGCCCGUGUCCAUCGUGUCUCCAGAGCCGGGCACCACGAGGGACGUGGUGGAGUCAGCCGUGGACAUCGGGGGCUUCCCGGCCCUGCUCAGCGACACGGCCGGCCUCCGGGACAGCCCCGACCUGGUGGAACGGGAGGGCGUCCGGCGGGCGCAGGAGAGGCUGGCCGAAGCCGACGUCGUGCUGGCCCUGGUGGAUGCCACUGACUUGGCCUCGGACGCUAGCCGCCGCUUCCUGGAGACAGUGGUGACUCCUGGGGACCCCUCCGCCUCCCCCCGCAUCCUGCUGGUGCUUAACAAGGCUGACUUGCUGCCAAAGGGGGGGGCCCCUGGAGGGGCCACCCUGCCCCCCCACCUCCUGCUGUCCUGCAAGACUGAGGCCGGCCUGGAGGCUGUGCUGGCUGCCUUGAAGAAGGAGCUGGCUGCUGUAUGCGGCGAUCCUACAGUCGGACCCCCCGUCCUGACCCGGGCCCGGCACCGCCACCACCUGCAGAGCUGCCUCGAAGCCCUGCGCGGUUACGGGCGAAGCCGGGCCCGGGACCUGGCGCUGGCCGCUGAGGAGCUGAGGGAGGCCCGGAGGCAGCUGGGCCACCUCACCGGGCAGGGCCGGCCCGACCAGAUCUUGGAGGUCAUUUUCCGGGACUUCUGCAUUGGCAAGUGAAGCCGUGGCCGGGAGGGCCUCCUCGGGGCAGCAGGGAGGGCCUCCUCAGGGCAGCAGGGAGGGCCUCCUUGGGGCAGCAGGGAGGGCCUCCUCGGGGCAGCAGGGAGGGCCUCCUCGGGGCAGCAGGGAGGGCCUCCUCGGGGCAGCAGGCCGCCCGGCUUUCUGAGAAGUCUGGAGGCGGCCGCUCUGCUCCCCGUGGUCCCGGCCUGCGCGCCCAGCCUGGACUCUCCCCGGUGUGAGGGGCCGCCCUGCCAUCCUGGAGGAGGGAGGAGGCGGCCCGGGGUGGCAGGAGAGAGUCUCCCGGUCAGGUCUGGAGGAAACAGCUCUGCACUCGAGGCCUUCCCUUGGCCGGGAAUGGACGCCGCCUGAUAAUAAACAGACUUAAAAAAACACAUU